AUGGAUCACAUUGACGAUCUUAUUCUCUCGCUUGCUAAACCAGGUGAUGCAGGAUAUGUUCCAGCAGAAGAUAUCCAUGAAUCAUCAUCAAGUGCUGAACUCGCAGACGAAAUGCCCCUUAGUGGCAAGAAAUCUGGGAAAAAGUCCAAAAAAUAUGCAUCAGAAUCAGACGACGACGAUAAUGUUUAUUCCGAUGAUGAGAAUAAUCACAAAAGUUCCGACGAUGAAGGAAAUGGGGGUGUAGAUGAAUAUGGGCCUGAUCUCUAUAGGGAUGAAGAAGACAAGAAAAGACUAUCUGCUCUUCCAGAAGUAGAGAGAGAACGUAUUUUGAGUGAACGGUCUGAAGAACGCCAGCGUAAUCUCGAGAGACUCGAGGUUAGAAAGCUUCUAAAAGAUGGUAGAAGAGACGAUAUCACAAGAAGAUCUACAAGAGUCAAAGAGACGACUACUUCCCGUGCACUUUCUGAAUUGACCAGAAAAAGAGAAGAAAAAAGUAGAGGACACACAAAGCGUCAUCGCAAAGACUCGCCUAGUCCAGAUAGAAGAAAGCGUAGACGCAGUCACUACAGUGAAGGAAGCGAAUAUGAAAAUAGUGAUAAUGAAAGGGAUGAUUCUGGAGAUGAGAGCCGAAAGAGAGAGCCUACUUUGAAAGAAUUGCACGCAAUUUGCUUGAAAAGAGAGAUGAUUGAGAGAUGGCUCCACACACCAUUUUUUGAGAAAACAGCAAUUGGGUGCUUUGUACGCUUGCUUAUUGGACCGGAUCCGCAGACAAAGAAGUUGGUGUACAGACUGUGCCAAAUUCAAGGCUCUGACAGCACAACAUCUUCAGAUAUUGUACCAUAUCACAAAGUAUACAAAGUGGCACCUGAUAUCUUUUCCAACAAAGCUAUCAAAGCCAAACAUGGAAAUGCUGAGCGAGUGUUCCCCAUGGACAUUGUUUCAAACUCGUUGCCCGAACAGCAUGAAUACUCGCGACUUUGCACAACUCUUGAAACAGAGAAACUUCCUGGACCUACAAUCGAGUACGUCCAAAGAAAAGCCAAGGAUGUGAAACACGCGCUUGAUUAUGUAUUGAAUGACAAGGAAGUAGCUGACAUGAUUGCCAGAAAGAGAGCUGUCAAUGGAUCUUCUGGUAACGGUGCAAUGGAAAAGGCUGAAUUGCUGGCCCGUCUUGGAGAUGCCAAGAGCAACAAUGAUGUAGACAAGAUUACCCAGAUCACAAAGAUGUUGCAGCAGUUGGAUGAGAAUGCAAGCUAUAAUAAUGCUGGUGAUGGAAGGCAACAUAUUUGGGCUGAUCUCAAUAAGCGCAAUCGUGAAAGAGAUCGCAUUGAAGUCCACGAAGCAGAGAUGCGUCAGAGUGAAGAACGACGAAGAGCAUUUAUAGCAAGCACCCAAAAUGCGAGAAAGAAGCAGCUUGAGUCAGCAAAUAAUGCUUCACCAACAGCAACCACGCCUGCAAGUACUAAUGGGCAGUCACUUAUGAUGCCAAAGGCAGUAAGCAAAGAGGCAGUAGAGGUUGGAAAGGCAACAUCAACAAAAUCUGGGUAUGAAGACCUAUUGUCAAAGGUCUCUGCUUCCAUGGAUUUUGAUUUUGAUGAUGACGAUGAUUAA